AUGGGAAAGUUUGUGGUGCAGCCUGGCCAGUCUUCACCCGUAGUUCAGCCGGCCAAUCCGGCAUGGAAGCUCGCCCUGUGGAUAGCCUCUGCGUCGGGUUUCCGCGCUAAGAAAUUUCCCGCUCCGUGGUCGUUGAAGCAGAGUCUCGCGAUCCAGAUCAGCAAUUGGAUUCUGUAUGUCACGCAGGGUACCAUGACGAUCCAGGCGUUGAAAACGGUGUCAAAGGGCCAGAAUGGCCUCGGCUCAUUCAUCCUCCAGUGCAAGAAGUUGGACUUCCACUACUGCGACUGGGCUGGUAGCUCCAAGGGCAUGAACGGCUUCAUCAAGUCUCAGCUCCCGAAGUUUGCCAAGUCUCACCCCCAGAUCGAAUUCUCCGUCUCCCCUCGCCCCUCGAAACACCCUAUGAUCGUCGGCCACUACAUCAACGGCCGCCAGAAGUCUAUCUGCGUACGGAAUAUGGAGCCACUCGAGAUCCUGAAGAAGGCCGAGCUUCUGCGCGACGCCAGCGGAGAGAAGCUGAAGAAGACCAACAAGCCGGUGACGAGUAUCAACCCCAGUGUUAGAGGUGUCUGGUCUCCUUACCACGGCAACGGCAUGGCUGUAUGA